AUGUAUCUAUCUAUCCAUCUAUCUUUAAAAUUAUUUUUUCCAUCUUUCCUCUAUCUAUCUAUCUAUCUAAAAUCUAUCUAUCUAUCAAAAAAUCUAUCUAUCUAUCUAUCUAUCUAUCUUUCAUUUUUUUUUUCUUUUUGUUCUAUCAUCUAUCUAUCUUUUAAAAUCUAUCUAUCUAUCUAUCUAUCUAUCUAUCUAUCUAUCUAUCUGUUCUUUCUAUCUAUCUAUUUAUAUAUCUAUCUCUACCGACUAUCUAUCUAUCUAUCUUUAUCUAUCUAUCUAUCUAUCUAUCUUCUAUCUAUCUAUCUAUCUAUCUAUCUAUCUAUCUAUCUAUCUAUUUCUAUCUUUCUUUUUCUAUAUAUGUCAGUCUGUUCAAAUCAAAUUUUAAUUUCUAUCUAUCUUCUUCUUAUAACUAUGAAUCUUCAUCUAUCUAAUUUGCAUCUUCUUUAUUUUAAGGGUAUAUUAUCUUUCUAUCUAUUUUAUCUUUCUAUAAAAAUCUAUCUCAGUCUUCUAUCUAUCAAUCUUAAACCGGUUUUUUUGAAUUAUCUUUCUAUCAAAUCAAAUAUAUUUCUUUUUCUAUCUCAAUAUAUUUCUUCUCUCUUUUCUAUCUAUUCAAAUCCUUUUCUUUUCUCUCUAUUCUUUCUUAUCUAUCUAUAUCUAUCUAUCUACUUUUUCUAUUUUUCUAAUUUCUUAUUUCUAUCUACUUUUCUAUUUAAUUUUUAUCUAUCUAUCUAUCUAUCUAUUUAUCUAUUUGGAAUCUAUUAUCUUAUCUUAAUCUAUCUAUCUAUCUAUCUAUCUAUUUCUAUUUUCUCUAUCUAUCUAUCACAUUUAUCUAUCUAUCUAUCUGAUCUUCUUAAACUUUUUUCUAUCUAUCUAUCUAUUCUAUCUAUCUUCUUAUUUAUCUAUCUAUCUAUCUAUCUCAAUAUAUCUUUUUUAUAUAUCAUUUACUAUCAUUUCUUCUAUCUAUCUAAAAAUAUCUAUCUAUCUAUCUUUCUAUCUAUCUUGUCUAUUUAUUUAUCUAUUGUCUCAAUCUAUCUAUCUAUCUAUCUUUUUCAUAAUCUAUCUUUUAUCUUUUAUAUCUUCUAUUUUUGCUAA